GGCAGCUCGCUUGGAGGUGUGUGGCAGGAGUGCGGCCCGGCGUACGCAGCUCUACUUCCUGCAUCCAUAGCCCACAUCGCUCUCCUCCGGGGGUCCCGCGUCCAGGGCACUGGCACUGAACACCUCCCGCAUCCUGCAUUCCGGUUCCCCCUAAAGGAUUCCAAACGACUGAUCCAGUGGUUAAAAGCUGUUCAGAGGGAUAACUGGACCCCCACAAAGUAUUCGUUCCUCUGUAGUGAGCAUUUUACCAAAGACAGUUUCUCCAAAAGACUGGAGGACCAGCAUCGCCUACUGAAGCCCACAGCUGUGCCCUCUAUUUUCCACCUGUCGGAGAAGAAGAGGGGGGCUGGAGGCCAUGGCCAUGCUAGGAGAAAGACCAUGAGGGGCCACACAAGCACAGCGACAGGGAAAGGAGCCGUAGGUUCCUCACUGCCUUCAACUGAUAACUUGAUGGCCAAGCCUGAGUCUCGAAAGUUGAAGCGAGCUUCUCCACAAAGUGAUGCCGUCCCCAAGGCCACUCCAGGUGCUGUCAGUCAGGAGCAGGGGCAGUCCCUGGAAAGAACUCCAGGAACUGGACUGGCCGCCCCUCUGGCCACCCACCAGAAGGAAGCAGAGGUUGACCACCAGAAGGCCUCUUCCUCUGAUGAUAUAGGUGGGGCAGACAAGAGUGGCAUCUCCAUGGAUGACUUUACGCCCCCGGGAUCUGGAGCUUGCAAGUUCAUUGGCUCACUUCAUUCUUAUAGUUUCUCCUCCAAGCACACUCGAGAGAAGCCGUCUGUCCCCCGUGAGCCCAUUGACCGAAAGAGGCCCAAGAGAGAUAUGGAGCCAAGGUGCAGUGGGAAUAGUGUGGCCCAGAGUCCCCCAAGUUCCUCACUUACAGCCACCCCUCAGAAGGCUUCCCAGAGCCCCUCUGCCCCUCCUACGGAUGUAACCCCAAAGCCAGCUGCAGAAGCUGUGCAGAGUGAGCACAGCGAUGCCAGUCCCAUGUCCAUCAACGAGGUCAUCCUGUCGGCCUCCGGGGCCUGCAAGCUCAUCGACUCUCUGCACUCUUACUGCUUUUCGGCUCGGCAGAACAAGAGCCAGGUGUGCUGCCUGCGGGAGCAGGUGGAAAAGAAGAACGGAGAGCUAAAGAGUCUCCGGCAGCGGGUCAACCGCUCCGACAGCCAGGUUCGCAAGCUGCAGGAGAAGCUGGAUGAGCUGAGGAGAGCGAGUCUCCCCUACCUCCCCUACCUAAGUGGCCUGCUGCCUCCCAGCCACGAGCCUCCCAAGAUGAACCCAGUGGUGGAGCCGCUGUCCUGGAUGCUGGGUACCUGGCUGUCAGACCCGCCAGGAGUUGGUACCUUUCCUACACUGCAGCCCUUCCAGUACCUGGAGGAGGUGCACAUCUCCCAUGUGGGCCAGCCUAUGCUCAACUUCUCGUUCAACUCCUUCCAUCCAGACACACAUAAACCAAUGCACAGAGAGUGUGGCUUCAUCCGUCUCAAGCCUGACACCAACAAGGUGGCCUUUGUCAGUGCCCAGAACACAGGUAUAGUGGAAGUUGAGGAGGGUGAAGUGAACGGGCAGGAGCUCUGUAUCUCAUCCCAUUCCAUCUCCAGGAUCUCCUUUGCCAAGGAGCCCCAUGUGGAGCAGAUUACUCGAAAAUUCAGGCUGAAUUCUGAAGGCAAACUUGAACAGACGGUCUCUAUGGCAACCACUACACAGCCAAUGACUCAGCAUCUUCAUGUUACCUACAAGAAGGUGACCCCAUAACCUGGAGCGGCUCCCAGAGCCUGGGGAGGAGUCUGGCUCCCUCGUCUAGCCCCCAGUUCAGUAGACAUCCUAUGCAGACAUGGUGUGGUCGCAGGCUCUGCUCUCACAGAACUGUUGUCCAGAUGAUCUUGUAAUGGCAUAGAAAACCAAAUAAAAGGCCUUUAUUUUUAUGGCUGAGGAUUUUGAAUAUUAUCAAUGUGUAGACUGUACAUUUUUCAUCUGUUGCUGAUUGUUUUCCAGACUUUUCUUUAAGAAAGGAUUACAUGCUUCUUUCCUUCCUUUCCUCCCCUCCCUACCUACUUUUCACAGGUUUUGUUUUUGCUUUUUGCAGUGGUAAAGAUCUAACUCAUGCUAGGCAGCUAGGCCCCAGCCCUAGCCCCAGGAGCUCAUUUUACAUUUAUUUUCUCUUAUUUUCCCCGAGACAACAUGUGAAGGUACAUUGCGGAGUCCGU